AUCUCUACCGCCGUUAUAGCUUAUGACAAGUGACUGCUGACACUGUUGACGUUCCUCCUUUUUCCUUUCCGUAUCUCCAUAAACACGUGUGUGAAAUGGCCCCGACUGCCCAAAAAGCGAAAACCAAGACCGUAAAGGGGCUCCCGGCGGUGCCGGAGUUCUUCCUGAAGCACCGUAAGAGGCGCGAUCUGUGUCGGCUCAAAAGACUGCAAUCGAACAUUAAAAAGAAGGCGGAGCACGUCGCGAAGCGUAAAGAGAUCUUCAAGCGUGCCGAACAGUAUGUGAAAGAGUACCGGUUGAAGGAGCGAGAUGAGAUCAGGCUUAUUCGCCAGGCUAAAAACAGGGGCAACUUCUACGUCCCUGGGGAGGCCAAGUUGGCCUUCGUUAUCCGUAUCAAAGGUAUCAACAAGGUGGCCCCUAAAGUCCGCAAGGUCCUUAAACUCUUCAGACUUUUGCAAAUCAACAAUGGUGUCUUUGUGAAACUGAACAAAGCCACAAUCAACAUGCUCAGGAUUUGCGAACCGUACAUUACUUGGGGUUACCCUAACCUCAAAUCUGUCAGAGAACUCAUUUACAAAAGAGGCUUUGCUAAGGUAAAUGGACAGAGGGUAGCGAUCACCAGUAACCAGAUCAUCGAAGAUAGGCUGAGCAAAACUGGCAUCAUUUGUGUUGAAGAUUUGAUCCACGAAAUCUUCACUGUUGGUCCGAAGUUCAAGUAUGCCUCCAACUUCUUGUGGCCCUUCAAACUGAACACUCCUACUGGAGGAUGGAGAAAGAAGACCAACCAUUACGUUGAAGGUGGUGAUUUUGGAAACAGAGAAGACAAAAUAAACGAACUUCUCAGGAGGAUGGUUUAAGAACCAUCAUUUGAGAGUUCUGUUCGAGGUUUCUUAUAAUUAAUGAUAAUAAAUGUUUUAAGAACUAG